AUGGCGACUGCGAUGUACCUCGAGCACUACUUGGACAGCAUCGAAAAUCUACCAUGUGAGCUUCAGCGGAAUUUCCAACUCAUGAGUGACCUGGAUCAAAGGACUGAGGAUAAAAAGAAAGAGAUUGAUGCCUUGGCCAGUGAAUACAUAAACAAAGUACGAGACUUUACCCCUGAACAGAGAGUGCAACAUUUACAGCGCAUUCAAAAUGCCUACAGCAAAUGCAAGGAGUACAGUGACGAUAAAGUGCAGUUAGCCAUGCAGACGUACGAGAUGGUGGAUAAACACAUCAGACGACUAGAUGCAGACCUGGCACGAUUUGAAGCUGACCUCAAAGAAAAAUUGGAAGGGACAGAGUUUGACAGCCCAUCUGGACGUGGAAUAAAAAAGAAUCGAUCACAGAAAGACAAGCGAGGUUCCAGAGGCCGUAGGGUAUCAGAAGAAGACACUGUAAAGAAGAAGAAGUUAAAAGGAGGUCCAGCGUUCUCAGAAGCAGUAUUGUCUGUACAUCCUUCUGAUGUCCUUGAUAUGCCUGUCGACCCCAACGAACCAACCUACUGCUUGUGUCAUCAGGUGUCCUAUGGAGAAAUGAUUGGCUGUGACAAUCCAGAUUGUCCCAUAGAGUGGUUUCAUUUUGCAUGUGUGGAUCUCACCACUAAACCAAAAGGAAAAUGGUUCUGUCCCCGCUGUACCCAGGAACGGAAGAAAUGA